CUACUUCACCCCAGCCGCCUCAGUCGCGCAACCAAAGUCAAUCAGUAAGCGCACCUAAUAACAAUACUAUCCAUCGCUUCCUCGCGAAGUUUGCGUGCCACUUAAACACCGCGAUGAUAUUUCACAUUUGACGACGACGGUCGGAAUCGAGUUGGAUACUUUUUGUUUAUCGUGGUCAUCACCUUCCGUCACAGCCUUCAUCAAUAUCGCGGCUUAUCUCACAACUGCCAUUAUCAGUACUAAUUUCAGUGCACGAGACACCGGUGGAACUUAGCUCUAUAGGCAAAGCAGCUAAGACAGCUGAGACUUGCUUUGCUUGCAAGCUUGGAAACAGCACCGCCACUAGCGCAAAGUCAGCACAACAACAGCAAGUUUGGGCUCAAAACAUCGUGGUUCUUUAGUGCGGGGUUCGUUCGUUGCACAAGCUUUUGAAACAGUCUGGGGAAAUGGCGAUGGAGCAAUUCGAGAGCGUGUUUACGGCGAAAGAAAAUGCGGAAAUCGCGAAGGAGUUUACUCGACUAAAAGACACCUGCUACCUGGACCACGCCGGCACGACCCUGUACGCAGACUCGCAAAUCCGCGCCGUCGGCGACUGCCUCACGGGGAGUCUGUUCUGCAACCCGCACACCAGCCGCACCACCGAGGACCUGCUCGAUCAGGUGCGGUUCCGCGUUCUGCGGCACUUUGGCACCCGCCCGUCGGAAUAUGGGCUGGUGUUCACCUCGGGAACAACGGGCGCGCUGAAGCUGGUCGCGGAAUGUUUCGACUUUGGCGAUGAGGGGGCUUUUGUCUACACGAGGGACAAUCAUACUUCGGUGCUGGGGAUGAGGGCGGUCGUUGGUACGGAGAGGAUCGUUCCGAUUGGGAGGGAGGAUCUACGAGGUGGGCGAUCUACGGGGGAUGGGAAGCCUUCGUUGGUGGUCUUUCCAGCGCAGUGUAACUUCAAUGGGUUUAAGUACCCGUUAGGGUUGGUGGAAGAUAUAGAACGCAACGGUUUAGUUAGAUUCGAUGGCGAUCGCUUCCACGUUUGUCUGGACGCUGCUAGCUUUGUUUCAACGAACGCACUAGAUUUGGCCAAGCAUCAACCGAGCUUCGUCUGCUUGUCAUUCUACAAGAUAUUCGGCUUUCCAACUGGUUUGGGAGCCCUGCUAGUGCACCGAAGCGCGCAGAACCUACUGAAGAAGCGUUACUACGGUGGCGGAACGGUCAAGAUCGCGAUGGCCGGACGGAACUUCCACGUGAAGCGAGAUUCGCUCGCGGAUCAGUUCGAGGACGGAACGGUUCCGUUUACAUCGAUCAUUUCGCUGCUGCAAGGCUUUGAAACGCUUGAACGGUUGGUGCCCGCGAGUGGGGAGCUGUCUUCGAUUGAUCGCGUGUCUCGCCACACGUUUGCCCUCGGAAGGUAUUGCUUUCAAAGGUUGAGGGGGUUGCGGCACGCGAAUUCGAACUCGGUGGUGAAGUUGUACCACGAUACGGAGUUUGAGGAUCGCGGUUCGCAGGGAGGGAUCGUCAAUUUCAACGUUCUGCAUGAAGAUGGGAGUUUUGUAGGGUUCGCCGAGGUGGCCUACAUGGCCAGCGUCCACAACGUGGUGCUAAGAACGGGUUGCUUUUGCAAUCCGGGUGCUUGUCAGAGAUUGCUCGAGUUGACGGAUGAGGACGUGUUGAAGCAGUUCAACGCUGGGCAUGUUUGUGGCGACGCAAACGACUUGAUCGGGGGUCAACCCACGGGAUCGGUGAGGGUCUCGUUUGGGUACAUGAGUCGCCGCGAGGACGUCGAUCGACUGGUUGAGAUGGUUGAAAAGUGCUACGUUAAGAAGAUGACGGCGAACGGACUGACGAGAAAGCAGAUCGUUUCGAAUUAUAAGAACUACGAUCAACCAAAGUUGAAGAUGAUCUGCCUCUUUCCGAUCAAGUCUUGUGGAGCCUACAAGAUCACGACGAGUUGGCCGCUGUGCCACAAAGGACUGAAGCACGAUCGAGAGUUUGUGAUCGUUGACGAGAAUGGCGUUGCCAUGACCCAAAAGAAGCUAGUCGAAAUGUGCCUUAUCAAACCGAAGAUCGACCUUAAGACCAAUACGCUGAUUUUAACCCACCCAGCUAUGGAGAACUUCACUCUUAGUAUGGAACCACUAUCAAACGAAUCCCAAUCGAUCAAGCUCUGCCAAACCAAGGUCUGUCAGGACAACGUUCAAGCGAUCGACUGCGGGGACGCAGUCGCCAACUGGAUCAGUAUCGCGCUGCAAACCUCCGGACUGCGAUUGCUCAAACAGUCUGACGAUGAAGCCCGAACGCUGCGAAAGUCCACCACGGAGAUCGCCCUCUCCAACCAGGCCCAAUUCCUGCUGAUCAAUCAAGCCUCCGUACGAUGGCUUGCCGACCUCGUUCCCGACUGGGACGAUCUAUCCCAGGAACCAACGCUAGAAUCGCUGGUCGAUCGCUUCCGCGGAAAUCUGAUCAUCGACUCCGUGAAACCCCUCGAGGAAAGCUCCUGGACCCAGCUCCGCAUCGGUCCGCUCGAAUUCUCCGUGGACGGACCGUGCUCGCGCUGCCAGAUGAUCUGCAUCGAUCAGUCGAGCGGAACGCGAACGGCCGAACCGCUGCGCACGAUCGCCCGUGAGUUCAAGGGAAAGAUGCGCUUCGGAAUCUACCUGUCGCACGUCAAAUCGCUGGAAGGUUCGGACGAAAAAUUGCUGCACUGUGGAAGCCCACUUCAAGUUGUUGCGGAAUAACAAAAAUCUUUAUCCAAAACUAA